AAAUCACGUGCACACGCCAGCUAGUUUUCAAGUGUUAAGCAUUGUAGUAGACAGCAUAGGGCACUCUCUGACAGGUUCAUUGGCUUACUCCUGUUUUUUUUUUCACUCUAUUGGUACAGGUGAAAAAUUUAACAUGUUUUUAUUUCUGUACAAAGGUGGAUUAUUAGUAGAGGUCUACUAGUAAUCUACACCCCCAAAGAAAGGAAUGUUGUGUCAACAAAAGUUUGCCCUUUGCCCUGGAAGUUAUAAAAGCACACUGAAGUUAGUCUUGCUCGGCCAAAAUGGACACGAGUUACUACCAUCGCCCUGCUGUCCAGCCGUUCCUGGACGACACGUUUGGUCAGCUGCUGGAAAAGGCGGCUGUCCGCUGGCCGGACCGAGAGGCGUACGUCUUCCGGCCGGGCGGAACUAGGGUCACCUUUACCGAGCUGAAAGUUCAGGUGGACGAGCUAGCAGCUGGGCUGUUGGCCUUGGGAACCCAGCGAGGGGACAGAAUCGGAUGGAUUGUAGACAACAGGCUAGAAUGGGUCCUGAUGUAUUUUGCCGUAGCAAAAGUGGGAGCCAUUUCGGUACCGCUGGAAAAUAUGUUUGAUUGGAAUUCAGAGGUUGCCAUCUACAUGCUAAACAAGGUAAAGGUGAAGACAUUAGUGCUACAAGAAAGCGACGAAGAUGAUGCCUACAGUAAGAACCCCCUGCAGUCACUGAUAGAGAUCGCACCGGAGCUGGAGACAUGUCAGCCCGGCCAACUCAAGAACACAAAGUUACCCUUCCUGGAGACCGUAAUUGCGAUCAGUGACAGGAAAUACAGCGGCUGCUACAUGUUCACAGACGUCCAACAAAUGGGUGGAGAAGAGGAGCAUAGAAGACUUGAUGUUCUGCAAACAGAGCUCAGUGCAAAAGACCCCGGUUUUCUCUUCUGUACAUCAGGUAGCACAGGGAUGCCAAAGUUCGUCCAGCACUCUACCUACGCCCUUGUGAACUCCUGCGGUGAGUUCUUCAGGAUGACCGGCAUUGACAAGCAGCCCAAGUGCCUUUUCCCCUCGGCAGCCGAAAGUGGGUUCUGGGACGUGCACCAGCCGAUUGUGUUCGGCAACACGAUGGUUUUCCCCAGUGCCGGGAAGGCGACAGUUACCGAUCUGCUGUCCACCAUUCAGGAAGAGAGAUGUGGCGCCGUGGCAGCCCUCUUGUUCAUCAAACAGUUCCACGAACUUUUGCACCAUCCGCAGCUGAAGGACUAUGAUCUAUCAUCUUUGGAGAUGAUUCACGUUGGCGGUAACGUGGUACACGAGAGUUUGAUCCACCUGUCGACUCAACUUCUUCCAAAUGUAAAAAUCCUGAACCUCUAUGCCAUGACUGAGGUGGUUUGUGUGUCAACUGUCACUCCAGACAUGUCGCUAGAAGCGGCCAGCACGACAGUCGGUAAAAUAUUUCCUGAAAUUGAGGUAAAACUGGUGGACGGAAGUGGAGACACGGUGCCACUGGGGCAGGACGGAGAGGUAUGGGUCAAAGGUUACUCGGUGUUCCAAGGGUACUGUGGGGACGAGGACACCAACAGGAGUAUCAUGUCGGCUGACGGGUGGUGCAAUACAGGGGAUAUUGGUAGACUUGGUGAAGAUGGCUUACUAACGAUCGUCGGGAGAUCAAAGGAUGUGAUUUUGAAGGACGAUGAAAAUGUUUAUCCCGUGUUGCUCGAACGUAUCUUUCACGAAAUCUGUGACAAAGUCAAAAUCGUCAAGGCUAUCGGAGUACCCCAUGAGUCUCUUGUUGAGGAGAUAUGCAUCUGCAUGGUAUUGAAGGAUGGUGAAACUGCCACAGAGGGAGAGAUGCGAGAGAUGGCAUUAAAUGUUGGGGUGAGCACAGUGGCUUGGUUUCAGUUUGAAUUGCAACUGUGGUCUUUUAGAAAAUAUCACUGGCCUCUGUUGCCUUUAGAAAUACAAUAAAACAGAAAAUUGUGUGAAAUAUGGCAAAUACG